UCCAUACGUAGAACUGAUGAAUGGGGUCAUGGAGUGGGCAUGAUCUGUUGCUCAGAUUACUUCUUUUUUUCCCGGUUGAGGGCUGGUCUGUUGCUCUCGUGAAGUUGUGAUGGCCAGAGAAUGGGUACCUGUCCACUUGGGGGCGAUGAUGUGUUUUGAAUCCGUGAUUAGGAUUUAGGGGUGCAAUAAAAGUUGAGUAGCUUUCGAUGUGAUUCUCGGCUGCUUUGGCCACGGUGCGUAAAGCCGAGUAUAAAAACGACCGGUGCAAUGAUUCUUUAACCAUUCCACUGCUGCUCUGCUAGCUAGCGAGUGCGCGCGUCUUCGCCUCGAUUGCCGUGCGGUGUCGGGUUCCGGCGAGUUGGAUUCCUCCGGCGACCCCACCGUCCAGCGGCAGAGAGAGAGGGGCAGCAAGGCAGCCAUGGCCAACCCGAGGACCGGAGAACGUGAAGUAUUUUGUUGCUUUCUAUCUGUCCAACCUAUCCCCGCUCAUGAUCACGAGUCACGGGCUGGAACUCUCUUUCCACGCCAAUCCAACGACGCCCUCCAUCUCCGAGCGCCUCCACCAUGCACAGACUAAAAGCACAGCUCGGCUACUGUACCUCCUCCUCCUCGCCACUAGAUCUACCACCUCACCACUCUGCCAGUGCCACCAUAUUUAUCCCGUCUCGGAAACAUUCUGCACGCGGCAGCUAGCAGCAGCUGCAGAAAUGGCAGCCCCUACCCCUGUCCUUCUGCUCCAGCAGCUGUUCACGUUGAUGCUGCUGUUCAUUGGGGCGGCAAUGCGGCCGGGCCGCGCGGCCGACAUGCCUGUGCCGGUCAACGAGGAGGUGCUGGGGCUGGUGGUCUUCAAGUCGGCGCUCUCCGAUCCGUCCGGCGCGUUGGCCACGUGGAGGGAGUCCGACGCCACGCCGUGCGGCUGGGCGUGCGUCGAGUGCGAUCCGGCCACCUCCCGCGUGCUCCGCCUCGCGCUCGACGGGCUCGCGCUCUCCGGCCCCAUGCCGCGGGGCCUCGACCGCCUGCCUGCACUCCAGGAGCUCUCCCUCGCGCGAAACAACCUCUCUGGCCCGCUCCCGCCGGGUCUCUCCCUGCUCAAGUCGCUCCGCUCGCUCGACCUCUCCUACAACUCCUUCUCCGGCCCGCUUCCCGACGACGUCGGGCUGCUCGGCUCACUGCGGUACCUUGACCUCACAGGCAAUGCAUUCUCUGGCCCGCUUCCGGCCUCCUUCCCUCCGAUCAUCCGGUUCUUGAUGCUGUCCGACAACCAGUUCUCCGGCCCGAUACCGCAGGGACUGGCCAAGAGCCCGCUCCUGCUUCACCUGAACAUGUCCGGCAACCAGCUCUCCGGCUCGCCGGACUUCGCGGGCGCGCUCUGGCCGCUCGAGCGGCUGCGCACGCUCGACCUAUCCCGCAACCAGCUCUCUGGCCCCGUCACCGACGGCAUUGCCAGGCUCCACAACCUCAAGACCGUCAACCUCAGAGGCAACAUGUUCUUCGGCGCCGUUCCGGAAGACAUCGGCCUGUGCCCGCACCUGAGCAGCAUUGAUCUGAGCUCCAACGCAUUCGACGGCCACCUCCCUGACUCCAUCGGACAGCUCGGCUCGCUGGUGCACCUCUCUGCGUCCGGCAACCGGCUCUCUGGCGACGUCCCUGCUUGGCUUGGCCAGCUGACCGCGGUGCAGCACAUGGAUUUAUCCGACAACGAGCUCACUGGCAGUUUGCCGGACUCUCUCGGCGAGCUCAAGGCCCUCAAGUACCUGAGCCUGUCCAAGAACCAGCUCUCCGGCUCCGUUCCUGACUCGAUGUCCGGGUGCACCAAGCUCGCCGAGCUGCACCUGAGGGACAACAACCUCAACGGCAGCAUCCCGGAUACUCUGUUCGACGUCGGGCUCGAGACGCUCGACAUGUCGUCGAACGCGCUCUCGGGCGUCCUGCCGUCGGGUUCGACGAGGCUGGCGGAGACCCUGCAGUGGCUCGACCUCUCCAGCAACCAGCUGAACGGCGUCAUCCCCGCCGAGAUGGUGCUCUUCUUCAAGCUCCGAUACCUCAACCUGUCCCAGAACGACCUCCGCACGCAGCUGCCGCCGGAGCUGGGCCUGCUCCGCAACUUGACGGUGCUCGACCUCCGCAGCACCGGAUUGUACGGAUCGAUGCCCGGCGACUUGUGUGAGUCCGGAAGCCUCGCCGUGCUCCAACUCGACGGCAACUCCCUUGCUGGUCCCAUCCCCGACAGCAUCGGGAACUGUUCUGCUCUGUACCUACUGAGCUUGGGGCACAACGGCUUGACCGGGCCGAUACCGGCGGGCAUUGCGGAGCUCGAGAAGCUGGAGAUUUUGCGGCUGGAGUACAACAACCUGAGCGGCGAGAUACCGCAGCAGCUGGGCGGGCUGGAGAACCUCCUUGCGGUGAACAUCUCGCACAACCGCCUCGUCGGGCGUCUGCCGGCGUCGGGCGUGUUCCAGAGCCUCGACGCGAGCGCGCUGGAGGGCAACCUCGGUAUCUGCAGCCCGCUUGUCACAGAACCGUGCAGGAUGAACGUGCCCAAGCCGCUCGUGCUCGACCCCAACGAGUACACGCACGGCGGCGGCGACAACAACCUUGUGACGAGCGGCGGCGGCGCGGGAGUACCGAGGAAACGGCGGUUCUUGAGCGUGUCCGCAAUGGUGGCCAUCUGUGCGGCGAUCGCCAUCAUCCUCGGAGUCAUCGUGGUCACCUUGCUCAACAUGUCGGCACGGCGGAGGGCUGAGGCUGCGGUCACGGAGAAGGAGCUGGAGAGCAUCGUCACCAGCUCGACAAAGUCCGGCAAGCUCACCGCCGGCAAGAUGGUGACGUUCGGGCCAGGAAGCAGCCUUCGUUCGGAGGACUUGGUCGGCGGUGCCGACACGUUGCUGAGCAAGGCGACGGAGAUCGGCCGCGGCGUGUUCGGCACGGUGUACCGGGCGUCGGUCAGAGAAGGUAGGGUGGUCGCCAUCAAAAAGCUCGUGACGGUGAACAUCGUCCAGUCAAGCGACGACUUCGACCGCGAGGUGCGCAUCCUGGGCAAGGCGAAGCACCCCAAUCUGAUGCCGCUCAAGGGCUACUACUGGACGCCGCAGCUGCAGCUCCUGAUCACGGACUACGCGCCGCACGGCAGCCUCGAGGCGCGGCUCCAGGGCAACGACGCCGGCGCGUUCCCGCCGUUGACGUGGGCCGAGCGGUUCAGGGUGGUGUCCGGCACGGCCAGGGGCCUGGCGCACCUGCACCAGGCGUUCCGGCCGCCGAUGAUCCACUACAACGUGAAGCCGAGCAACAUCCUCCUGGACGAGCAGUGCAACCCGAUGGUGUCCGACUUCGGGCUGGCGCGGCUGCUGCCGAAGCUGGACAAGCACGUGCUGAGCAGCCGGUUCCAGGGCGGCAUGGGGUACGUGGCGCCGGAGCUGGCGUGCCAGAGCCUGCGGGUGAACGAGAAGUGCGACAUCUACGGGUUCGGCGUUCUGAUCCUGGAGCUGGUGACGGGGCGGAAGGCCGUGGAGUACAGCGACGACGACGUGGUGAUCCUGAUCGACCAGGUCCGGGUGCUGCUGGAGCACGGCAACGCGCUGGAGUGCGUGGACCCGGGCAUGGGCAGCGAGUUCCCGGAGGAGGAGGUGCUGCCAGUGCUGAAGCUGGGCAUGGUGUGCACGUCGCAGAUCCCGUCGAACCGGCCGUCCAUGGCGGAGGUGGUCCAGAUACUGCAGGUCAUCAAGGCACCCGUGGGCGGCAGAAUGGAAGCCUUCUGACACCGUCGUCCAUUGGCAUCUGGCUCGACCAGCAUCCAGCAGCCCGCGAGUACUAGGUGCAUGCAUUGAUGCUUCCUUCCCUUGAUCAUGUGUUCUCUAGUGAAAGGUCCCAGUACUGUACUCCAGCGUGCUGAUUCUUUUCAGCUUUUGUUUCACUUUUGAAUGUAAAAUGGUGACGCCUCCUUGUACCA